AUGUAUGCGAAGACUAACAAUCGUUCAAAUAUAUUUUACGAUACGAAGAACUUAUACGGUAUCAGUGAAGCGAUUGCAACAAAUAUGGCCCUUCGACAGGCGGUUGGAAAGAGGGGUGCUGUUAUAUCCAGGUCAACGUUUGUAUCAUCAGGUCACUACGGGAGCCACUGGCUUGGAGAUAAUUUCGCGCGCUGGGCCGAUUUGCGAGCCUCCAUUAUUGGCGUGAUGGAAUUCAACAUGUUCGGUAUACCAUACACCGGCGCUGAUAUUUGUGGAUUUAUCGACAACACUAACGAAGAGCUGUGCUUGCGCUGGCAUCAGCUUGGAGCCUUUUAUCCGUUUUCCAGGUACAGCUUAUCAAAAUGUUAA